AUGGAAAAAUGGAAUGGAAAAGUUGCUGUAGUGACGGGUGCUUCUUCUGGGAUCGGAGAGGAGACUUGUCGACAACUGGUUGAAAGGGGAAUGAUUGUUGUGGGUUUCGCUAGAAGAGAAGAUAGACUUCAGGUGUUAGAAAAAGAAUUAAAAGGAAAACUGGGUAAAUUUUAUUACGUUAAAGUUGAUUUGUGUUCGGAAGAAAACAUUAUGAAAGCUUUCGAUUGGGUGAAGAAUACAUUGAAAUCGGUUGAUGUACUAGUUAACAAUGCAGGUGUUUUGAAGCAAAGUGAUUUAUUAGGAAACACAAAUGAUUGGAAACAAAUGUUUGACACUAAUGUCAUGAGUCUAAACAUUUGCAGCAGAGAAGCCAUAAAAAUCAUGGAGGAAAUACAAAUCAAAGAGGGUCACAUAAUAAAUAUUAACAGUGUUGGAGGUCAUUACCAAUUUCCAUUUAUGAAGGAUAUUGCAAUUUACAGCGCUACCAAACAUACUGUUACUAUAAUUACAGAGAGUUUAAGAGAAUUGAUGGGCAUGAAAAAUUUACCCGUCAGAGUCACGAGCAUCAGUCCGGGUGGAGUAGAAACCGAAAUGACUCAGGAGCUCAGCAAAUUGGAAGGAUUUAAAAUGUUGAAAUCUAUUGACAUUGCUGAAGCUAUUAUGUAUGCUUUGAGUACACCGCAACGCGUUAACGUAGCUGAAAUCAUCAUAAGACCAACACAUGAGAAUACAUUAAGUUUAAUCAAGAAUUUUAUAUAG